AUGGCUCGGACAGAGGAACUUUCGGAAAUCGCUCACCGGAGGGCAAUCGCUGCUGUGGACUGGGUAGAUAGCCUGACGGAAAUCGCAGAGGUGGCGGAGACCGAAGACAAGGUAGCUCUCGUGAAAUCCUGUUACUCUCCGCUGACCAUUUUCAACUUCUCAGCACGGACAGCUCAGAACACUCCCAAUCCCGACAUUCUCUGCUUGUGUAGUCAUUCCUAUGUUCCACGACGUCUACCGCCGGAAUUCAACGAGACCAAUCAUCUCUCAAAUGUGCUCAUCGACCGGACUUUAAAUGAGCUUGUGGCACCUUUGCGAAAGCUGAACCUCAAAGAGGAAGAGAUCGUGCCGCUGAAGGCAAUCAUUAUCCUAAAUCCGAAUGCGAAAGGACUGUCUGACCGAGCCAAGGUUGCCAUCGGCGAACUUCGCGACAAAGUGCAAGAUAUGUUAUUCCAAAUAGUGAAAGAACUACAUCCGAUCUACACAGCAAGCAGUCGUUUCGGCAAUCUACUUCUUCUUCUACCUACCAUUACCACCCUUUCGGGACUGAUGAGCGAGAACAUGCAGUUUUGUCAAGCGUUUGGGGGUCGACAAAGUGGAGAUCCGUUGUUGUCGGAGAUGUUCGGCGACUUCAAGUCGAAGUUUGACGAUUCAACAAUUUCUUCGACCUCGAUAAGCCCACCGCUUUAUGAAAAUCCUGCGGAAAUCUCGCUUGAGGUAAGAUUUCACGGCUUAAUUGAUCCAUAG